CGACCUACUUCCGUUGCCUCUUCCUCAUAUUGAGUAGGGUUUGUUCGUGUGUGGUUGUGUCUCCUCAAAAAUAGGUUACACAACCCACCUACAUUUCGUGAUAUAAUUCAUAAAAACACAAAAAAAAAGUAUAAAAGUACUAAAAAUCCAAAAAAAAUCGAAAAAGCUGUGAAAAAUAACGUGAAACAAAUUGACUGAAGUGUGUGAGUUCGUGAUCGUACAACGUGGGCAUUCUGAAAGGAAUCUGAAGCUAGUUACUCUCUUGGAAGAAAGGAAAUUCCGCAUAUUGACAUUUUAUUGCAUCAUAAUAUUUGCAGCUGUGGUAAAGUAUAAGUAACAACCCAAAAAUGAAUCCUGGUGGUCCCAAUUAUCCUAUGGCCUCGCUGUAUGUUGGCGACUUGCACCACGAUGUUACGGAGGCCAUGCUGUUUGAAAAAUUUUCCACUGCUGGCCCUGUACUUUCGAUUCGGGUCUGUAGGGACAUGAUUACUCGCAGAUCCCUGGGAUAUGCGUAUGUCAACUUCCAGCAACCAGCAGAUGCGGAGCGAGCUCUGGACACCAUGAAUUUUGACAUGAUAAAAGGGCGUCCCAUUCGCAUCAUGUGGUCACAGCGGGAUCCUUCCCUUCGCAAGUCUGGUGUUGGAAACGUUUUUAUAAAAAACUUGGAUAAAAGUAUUGAUAAUAAAGCUAUGUACGACACGUUCUCUGCAUUUGGAAACAUCUUGAGUUGUAAGGUUGCUCAAGAUGAAACUGGAGCAUCAAAAGGAUAUGGAUUUGUCCAUUUUGAGACCGAAGAAGCUGCCAUAAAAUCUAUUGAGAAAGUGAAUGGAAUGUUGUUGAACGGGAAGAAAGUGUUUGUUGGCAAAUUUGUACCACGCAAGGAGCGUGAGAAGGAGCUUGGAGAGAAGGCUAAGCUGUUCACAAACGUCUACAUUAAAAACUUUGGCGAGGACUUCAGUGAUGAACUGUUGCGAGAGAUGUUUGAGAAAUAUGGCCGGAUCACCAGCCACAAGGUCAUGAACAAAGAUGACGGAAAGUCCCGUGGUUUUGGUUUUGUCGCAUUUGAAGAACCUGAAGAUGCUGAAAGGGCUGUAGAUGAACUUAAUGGAAAAGAACUGAUUGAAGGCAAGCCUUUAUAUGUCGGCCGUGCCCAGAAGAAAGCCGAACGUCAGCAAGAGCUUAAACGUAAAUUUGAACAACUCAAGAUUGAACGUCUUAACCGCUACCAAGGGGUUAACCUGUACGUGAAGAACCUGGAUGACACUAUCGACGAUGAACGCCUUCGUAAGGAGUUCACACCAUUUGGAACCAUCACCAGUGCCAAGGUGAUGCUGGAGGAGGGUCGCAGCAAGGGAUUUGGCUUUGUGUGCUUUUCAUCUCCAGAGGAGGCUACAAAGGCUGUGACUGAGAUGAAUGGCCGAAUUGUUGGCACCAAGCCCUUGUAUGUUGCAUUGGCCCAACGCAAGGAGGAUCGCAAAGCACACCUUGCCUCGCAGUACAUGCAGCGAAUGGCUAACAUGCGUAUGCAGCAGAUGGGAACACAAAUGUUCCAACCAGGUGGUGCUGGUGGUUACUUCGUACCAACAUUGCCUCAGCCUCAGAGAUUCUAUGGUCCAACACCGAUGACUCAGAUUCGUGCUACUCCACGCUGGCCUGCUCAACCGCAAGUUCGCCCAAAUGCCCAGGGUGGAGCUUCUGGCUUCCCAAAUAUGCAGGGCCCGUUCCGAACGGCUCCCCGUGCCCCAGGCGUCCAGCCGGGCUCCAUGCGGAAUGCACUGUCAGCGAGACCUAUUACAGGCCAGCAACCAGUAGGUGCUGCAAACAUUCAGGGGCGUCCAAUGGCACCCACAGUGUCAGUAAAUGCACAGGGCCGGCCAACCAAUUACAAGUAUACAGCAAACAUGCGCAAUCCACCACAGCCGAUGCCUGUUGCCCAACAGCCACCCGUGCAGCAGGCUGUGCACAUUCAGGGGCAGGAACCUCUGACUGCAUCAAUGCUGGCAGCUGCCCCACCACAGGAGCAAAAGCAGAUGCUGGGUGAACGGUUGUUCCCGUUGAUCCAGCGUAUGUAUCCAGACUUGGCUGGCAAGAUCACCGGCAUGCUAUUAGAGAUAGACAACUCUGAGCUUCUUCACAUGCUUGAACAUCACGAGUCUCUCAAGGCAAAGGUUGAAGAGGCUGUAGCUGUGCUUCAGGCUCACCAGGCCAAGCAGGCUGCAUCCCAAGUAAAGAAGGAAUAAAUCUGCAUCUCCCACAUUUCACUGUGAAACCAGUUUUCUGAUGUAAUCCCAUAGUAUAGUGUUUAUGAUCACCUUUCUGAGGAUGGCUAUGUUAAGGGAGACUUUCCUAAAAAAAGCUAAUUUCCACUGCUGUCUGGUUUAGUGACUUGAUUGAUUUCUGGGAUGUCAUGUAAAGACAUGGACAUUUUUCCUUCCCUUUUGAAUUAUUGAACUUAAAAAAAAAAGGAUAGAAAUUUUCACUACAAAAUAUAAUUAUGGCAUUCUGAUUUUAAUUUGAAUGGAACUUACCUUUGGGAGAAAUAAUGAGCACCCACAAUUCUCUGCUGCCUUGACUGUGCCGAGAGAUCAUUUGUCGGGUGACAGAAAGUUAUAAAAAAAUACUCAUAUGUUUAACCUGAAACAAGAAUGUGGGAUCAACUUUGAGCCCUUGACAUAAUGUGCCUGGGCUUUUCGUUUAAACAUUCAGUCCCAAGUUAUACUUGGUGGGGGAAAAUGUAUGUUGAUGUUAGUUGUGCUUCUGUUACUUAGUUCCUCAUUGGUUUUAUACUCGUUCCGCCAUUUUAAGUACGUUUGUAAGAUUAAAGAAGGCGUGGUAUUUUAUCUGCUGCAGCACUUGGUGUGCUUGACACAGAUUUUUGGCAAAUGCAAUUCAUUUUAUUUAAUUAUAUAGUUGGGUUAAGGUUUUUAUUCUUUGGAAAAUAUUCAACUACAGAUUACUGUAUUAAUGCCUUCCUAUUUUAAGAUGGAAAAUGACAAUAUAUUUCAGCCUGAUACAAGCCAUUAUGAGCAUUUUCAAUCUUAGGAUGUGGUUAUGUGCAUUAGGUAUGUCCGUUAAUAUAAAAUUGCUAAAUAUUUCUCUAAGUAACAUUACACAACACAUUGUUUUUGAAAAACUCCAUACAUAAAAAGAGAAAAAGUGUAUAAUACACAUAAAAUCGAUAACAAUUGUCAGAAAAUCUUUAAAAAAAAAAAAAAAGGAAUUAAAUAUGUUUUCUGGUCCAAAAUCUCUUCGGAAAACUUCAAAAUUAUUAGAUAAAAAUGUAGGACUUUCUUCUGGAUAAGAUAUCUCCAUUAUUAUUAAGCAUUAAUAUGAAAAAUGUAAUUCCACUGGGAAAUUUCAAGGUUAAAAAUAAUAAAAUCUUUUCUUUCAGAGUU